UUUUCUUCUGGCUUCCUCCCUGGAAGCAAAGGGAGUUUGAAAGGCAGGAGGCAAGGACUGCUCUGAACAGAAUUCAGAUUUUUCUUGGAAGGGUUUGCCAGGGCUUGCGAGGUGAUUGGGAUGUUGGAGAGAUGAAGUCCCUUUCAGCCGGCACCUUGGUCCUUACUCCCUGUUCAGCAAAGACCUCUAGGCUUGGGAGGACCCUGUGAGCUCCUGGCUUUAGAAUGGGCAAUGCUGCUGAGAAACAGAAGCCCCGGAAGCGAAGCCGUCUGUGCCCCUGGAAGCAAGAUUCUCAGCGUUCUCACCUCUCCUCCUUCACCAUGAAGCUGAAGGACAAAUUCCACUCACCCAAAAUCAAGAGAACGCCAUCAAAGAAGGGAAAACCAGCUGAAGUUUCUGUGAAAAAUCCGGAGAAGCCUGUUAGUAAAGAGGCAACAGACAGAUUUCUACCAGAGGGCUACCCUCUCCCCUUGGAUCUGGAGCAGCAGGCAGUAGAAUUUAUGUCCACCAGUGCUGUGGCUUCCAGGUCUCAGAGGCAGAAGAACCUGAGCUGGCUGGAAGAGAAAGAGAAGGAAGUUGUUAGUGCCUUGCGCUACUUUAAGACUAUCGUGGACAAGAUGGCUAUUGAUAAGAAGGUACUGGAGAUGCUGCCAGGGUCAGCCAGCAAGGUGCUGGAGGCCAUCUUACCCCUGGUGCAGAGCGAUCCUCGAAUUCAACACAGCUCAGCCCUCUCCUCCUGCUAUAGCCGAGUGUACCAAAGUCUUGCCAACCUCAUCCGUUGGUCUGACCAAGUGAUGCUGGAAGGUGUAAACUCAGAAGAUAAAGAGACGGUGACAACCGUGAAGGGGGUCAUCAAGGCGGUACUGGAUGGAGUGAAGGAGCUGGUCAGACUUACCAUCGAGAAACAGGGGCAUCCAUCUCCAACCAGCCCAGUGAAACCCAGUUCCCCAGCCUGCAAACCGGACGGCCAGUCUGAGCUCCCCCUGACAGAUCGCGAGGUGGAGAUUCUCAACAAGACAACUGGUAUGUCCCAGUCGGCCGAGCUACUCCCAGACUCAACAGAUGAGGAGGUUGCGCCCCCUAAGCCCCCCUUACCUGGCAUUCGGGUGGUUGAUAACAGUCCUCCACCAGCAUUGCCACCGAAGAAAAGACAGUCAGCUCCAUCCCCGACCCGAGUGGCUGUUGUUGCCCCCAUGAGUCGAGCCACCAGUGGCUCCAGUUUGCCUGUUGGAAUUAAUAGGCAGGAUUUUGAUGUGGACUGUUACACACAGAGGCGACUCUCAGGAGGCAGCCACUCAUACGGCGGAGAGUCGCCCCGUCUGUCCCCCUGCAGCAGCAUAGGCAAGCUCAGCAAGUCAGAUGAGCAGCUGUCCUCUCUGGACAGGGACAGCGGCCAGUGCUCCCGGAACACAAGCUGUGAAACACUAGAUCAUUAUGAUCCUGACUACGAAUUCCUUCAGCAAGACCUCUCUAAUGCAGACCAGAUACCUCAGCAAGUGGCCUGUAACCUUAGCCCAUUGCCAGAGUCCUUGGGAGAGUCUGGGUCUCCAUUUCUUGGCCAUCCUUUCCAGUUGCCUCCAGCACCUGGCAGCUGUCCCCAGCCAGAGGGGCCCUUGGCCCCAGGACAGCAAAUAGACAUGCCACCUGCUCUCCCUGAGAAGAAGCGCAGGAGUGCGGCCUCCCAGACCACGGACAGCUCUGGCUGCAGGAUGUCCUACGAGCGGCACCCCUCACAAUAUGACAACAUCUCGGAAGAUGACCUGCAGAACCCAGCCUCGGUCCCGUCCGUCCCCUUCACGCCCUUUGCUGCUAUUCUCCCCUUUCAGCAAGGAGGGUCCUCAGCCUCUGUCGAAUUUGUGGGUGAUUUCACUGUUCCUGAAUCAACAACGGGUGACCCAGAAAAACCACCUCCUCUACCAGAGAAGAAAAACAAACACAUGCUGGCCUACAUGCAGCUGCUCGAGGACUACUCGGAGCCGCAGCCAUCCAUGUUCUACCAGACGCCACAGAACGAGCACAUCUACCAGCAGAAGAACAAGCUCCUCAUGGAGGUGUACGGCUUCAAUGACUCAUUCAGCACCGAAGCCCCGCAGGAGCUGGCACCGCCCCCCGCCCUGCCUCCCAAGCAGCGGCAGCUGGCCUCCUAUGCUGCUUCUUCCUUCUCCUCUGUCUCCUACUGUGUCCAGCAAACUAAAGUGGCCUUCACCCCCGAGGACGGCAGUGCCACUCAGGGCAUCAGUGUGUCCGUCUCUAACUCCUUUCUCAGCCGGCAUGGCAACUUGCCUGUGCCCUCGUAUAAAUCUGUGUUUAGGUCCUACUCCCAGGAUUUCGUGCCUCACAACCACGCUUCCGUUCAGCCUUUCCUUCCGCCUACCUCCUCUGCCUCUCCACACUUCCCAACUGUUCACCAGUCUCAGAGCUCUGACUUAACGGUGCCAACCGUAGCCAGUCUGCCUCCCAGCACCGUGGACGGGCCUCUCUCGUCUUCUCAGGAGAGCAGCUUUCACGGGAACACUGUCUGCCUUCCUUCCGAAACCUCUUUCACUGACUCGCCCCAGACGCCUUCGAGUGAAAGCACCAGCGAGGAGGCUGGUGAGGGUGAAUACGUCAAUCUAUAUUCCUCUGGCCAGAGCAGCAGGGAGCUGGCUCAUUGUGGAGGAGAGUCACCAGCUAUGAAAGAUGGACAUCCCAGAGACCCCUCGUCGGUCAGCAGCACACCUGGGAAGGAGAGCAGAGACAGCGACAGGGCCUCAAGGUCACCAGAUGGUUCAGAGUUGGCUCGGUUGGAGGAGGAAGUGGAUGAGCUGUCCCUCAUUGACCACAAUGAAAUUAUGGCAAGGCUGACACUCAAGCAGGAGGGUGACGAUGGGCCAGACGUCCGUGGAGGGUCUGGAGAUAUCCUACUGGUGCACGCUACUGAGACAGACAGGAAAGAUUUGGUGUUGUACUGUGAGGCCUUCUUGACCACCUACAGGACCUUCAUCACCCCAGAGGAGCUCAUCAAGAAGCUGCAGUACAGGUACGAGAAGUUCUCUCCCUUCGCCGACACCUUCAAGAAGCGCGUCAGCAAGAACACGUUCUUCGUGCUGGUGCGAGUGGUGGAUGAGCUCUGCCUAGUGGAGUUGACAGAAGAGAUCUUGAAGCUGCUCAUGGAACUGGUCUUUCGCUUGGUGUGCAACGGGGAGCUCAGCCUGGCCCGCGUGCUCCGGAAGAACAUCCUGGACAAGGUGGACCAGAAGAAGCUGCUCAGGUGUGCCAACUCCGACCAGCCCCUGGCAGCCAGGGGGGUAGCUGCCAGGCCAGGGACUUUGCAUGACUUUCACAGCCAUGAAAUAGCCGAGCAGCUGACACUGCUGGAUGCUGAGCUCUUUUAUAAAAUAGAGAUUCCUGAGGUUUUGCUUUGGGCAAAAGAACAGAAUGAGGAGAAAAGCCCCAACUUGACCCAGUUCACGGAGCACUUCAACAACAUGUCGUACUGGGUCCGGUCAAUAAUCAUGUUACAAGAAAAAGCCCAGGACAGGGAGCGGCUGCUACUGAAGUUCAUCAAGAUCAUGAAGCACUUACGGAAGCUGAACAACUUUAACUCCUACCUGGCCAUCCUCUCGGCACUGGACUCAGCUCCCAUCCGCAGGCUAGAGUGGCAGAAGCAGACCUCAGAGGGCCUGGCCGAGUACUGUACACUGAUCGACAGCUCGUCCUCCUUCCGCGCCUACCGGGCCGCCCUGUCCGAGGUGGAGCCGCCCUGCAUCCCAUACCUGGGGCUUAUCCUGCAGGACCUCACCUUUGUUCACCUGGGAAACCCAGACUAUAUUGACGGGAAGGUGAAUUUUUCCAAACGGUGGCAGCAGUUCAACAUUCUGGACAGCAUGCGGUGCUUCCAACAAGCGCACUAUGAUAUCCGAAGAAACGAUGACAUCAUAAACUUCUUCAAUGACUUCAGUGACCACCUGGCGGAGGAGGCUCUGUGGGAACUCUCUCUGAAAAUCAAACCUAGGAACAUAACAAGGAGAAAAACAGACCGAGAGGAGAAGACCUAGAAGCAGGUGCCGCGAGCGAGGAGAACGCUCAAGAGAGGCUCUGAGACCGGGAGGGACUUUGGACCUGUCCCCGGGUGGGCUGCACGGGUGCCGGCCCCAGGGCCCAGCCCACCCUCCACUGUGCUGGGCAGGAGCCCCAGCAGCUUCCUGCUUCCCUCCUCCGUGGGAGCGGACGCCAGGCCCGCAGCGGAGCCAGCAGGCAGGUCUUGUUCCUGAUUUGUGAACCCGUGGUUUGGUUUUGGUUUUGGUUUCUGCUUUCACUUCUGUAUUCCCCUCUCCCACCUUCUGCCUGGGAGCAGCACAGGGCAGUCAGCAGACCAUGGAACGGUGGGACUCUUCACCCCUUCUUAAGUUCCAGGGUCCUGGGUCUGUUGAAAUGACAAGUGAGUGGAAGACCCUCAAAAGGUCAGUGGGGGCUGUACUCCUGGUGACUUCGAACGAAAGGGACUUUCAGUGGAGUGGGCAGAAAGCAGAGAAGACCCAGGGAGGCUCCUUUAGCUUUCCCUGCCCUGCCCUGCUUUUUAAAAUGCAAGAUGGUGUGAGCUUUGGUUGGGGCCAGAAAGGUUCAGCCGGUAGCCUUUCAGUAGCCCUGGAGCCGGUGCUCCAAACUGCCCUCUCCCUGUCCCUUCGUCUCCCUGACCACCUGUCGCUCUGGGGAGCUGGGAAGAAGAUGGAGCAAGGGAGGACUUCGGUUUAUGAGCUGGGGCCAAGAGCUCCUGGGUGAGUUAUGUCGGAGAGUGGAGGGGCACUUCUGUCCUGGGGAAGGCCAGCGGCCCCUCCUCCAUCACUUCCUGUGUGCCUUAAACUCCAGCUUCUGUCCCCCUGCCCCAUGGGCUCCCCUCCUACCUUGCUCCAUCCCGCUGGAGCCAGGAACUGCUCCUCAGGCCUCUCCACCAGUGCUGUGGGCUCUGCCCAGGGGAGGAUGGGAUGUCCCCAAGGGGGCUGGGGUCGACGUGGCUAUGGAGGGGGCCAUGGCUCCUACCCCAGGGCAGGCUUGCUCUCUCCAUCCUCUUCACUGGAAACCAUGCUCGCUGGUAAGGUGGACAGUCAGAGGCAGGUUUGCCUGGAAGUCCCCUCCAGGCUGCUGCCCACCCCCUGCCCCAUGGGUCCUGGUUUGUGUGACUGAGUGCUCACUUCUGGACAAAUGCCAGGAUCCAGCUUCUUAACCAUGUCACUCUGAGACCUUCAUAGGUUUUGAGCGGCUUUCUUCACUCUUGUUUUGGGGUCUUGUACAUAGAGGGGAGAAGAUCCAUGAAGGGCCAGCGAUGCCCCCUCUGGCAGCAAUCUGGCUGCAGCAGGCCGAAUGUGUCACUUUCUUAUUUAAAGCGUGUGGUCGAGGUUCUUCAGCAGUGCUGGGGUGGGCUUGGUGCCCACUUUGAGUCCCCUCACUGCCGUCUUGUCCUGUCUUGCCUCGCGCCUGACCCAGUUCUGCUGGAUGCUGCUUUGUGUGUGGGGGCUGCUGGGGCGCCAAUACUAAAGUGGAGUUUCUGCCUCACACACCUGUAAGCAGGUGGAUGUAGGAGUAGAGGGGCCUUUACCUGCCCUCCCCUCUCCUCUGGGAGCCCUGCCAGGUGGAAGGAGGCAGUGCCGGGGUGGGGGGUUGGGUAAGGGAACAAGGGGCUGGUGUGUCAGGGUGGCCUCUGGGUGAGAACCACAGGGGCCGUAUGUGUUUAACUUAUUGGCUGACAGGCUUCCCAUCCUCCACCUCCUUAGGACACCGUCCAGGUUCUGGGAUUGCCCAACCCCGUGCCAGCACUGCAGUGUGGCUGUGAUCCAUCUGUCUUGGGGAUCAGGACAGGGUAUUACCUGCAGAUGGGGCUGGAGCCAGGGAAAGGGCAGGCACAUGCCAGGUCAGAACGAACCCAACUUUUCAGAAGCACCUCCCUUUCCCCCACACCUCCCCCGUGUUACAUUGUAAUAUAUAUAUAUUCCCACUAACCUGGCUGAUAGUGGCAUCUUCCUGCAGACAUUUCAAACCUGUAACUUUUAUAUGAAAGGAAAAUAAACACCAAUGAAAGCUG